AUGCUGCCGGGGGCGGGCUUUGUGCAGGAGAGCCGCCCACAGCCCUGGCCAGACAGCCUGGCUGCUGCAGGCUCUGGCCGGGCUCCAUCCGGCCCCGAGACAGAACGGGUGGACCAGCCGCACGCCGCCAGGGAGCAGGAAAGCGCAGGCAUAGGGCAGUUAAUUCCAACACCCGGCAUCACGGAGCCCCUGGAAAUGCCAGUGAGCAGCGCCCCCACCCAGCCACCACAAGCCAUCAUCCCAACCAAGCCGGUGCAAUGCGUCCACCACGUGUCCACGCAGCCCAGCUGCCCGGGCCGGGGGAAGAUGUCGAAGCUGCUCAACCCGGAGGAGAUGACCUCGCGAGACUAUUACUUCGACUCCUACGCCCACUUCGGGAUCCACGAGGAGAUGCUGAAGGACGAGGUGCGGACGCUCACGUACCGGAACUCCAUGUACCACAACAAGCACGUGUUCAAGGACAAGGUGGUGCUGGACGUGGGCAGCGGGACGGGGAUCCUGUCCAUGUUCGCCGCCAAGGCGGGCGCCAAGAAGGUGUUCGGGAUCGAAUGUUCCAGUAUUUCUGACUACUCGGAGAAGAUCAUCAAGGCCAACCACCUGGACAACAUCAUCACCAUCUUCAAGGGCAAGGUGGAGGAGGUGGAGCUGCCGGUGGACAAGGUGGACAUCAUCAUCAGCGAGUGGAUGGGCUACUGCCUCUUCUACGAGUCCAUGCUCAACACCGUCAUCUUCGCCAGGGACAAGUGGCUGAAGCCAGGGGGCCUCAUGUUCCCAGACCGGGCAGCGCUGUACGUGGUGGCCAUAGAAGACAGGCAGUACAAGGACUUCAAAAUCCACUGUGAGUCCCCUCGCCUGCCUUCUAUUUCUGAGGUGGACAUUUACACCGUGAAGACCGAAGAGCUGUCGUUCACCUCUGCCUUCUGCCUCCAAAUCCAGCGUAAUGACUACGUGCACGCGCUGGUCACCUACUUCAACAUCGAGUUUACCAAGUGCCACAAGAAGAUGGGGUUCUCCACAGCCCCGGACGCCCCCUACACACACUGGAAGCAGACGGUCUUCUACUUGGAAGACUACCUCACGGUCCGGAGAGGGGAGGAGAUCUACGGGACCAUAUCCAUGAAACCAAAUGCCAAAAACGUGCGGGACCUCGACUUCACCGUAGACUUGGAUUUUAAGGGCCAGCUGUGCGAAACAUCUGUAUCUAACGACUACAAGAUGCGUUAG